AUGUAUCAUUACCCUAAAUAUAUCGAUCUGGUACCAGACGUACUUCAUAUGAAGCUGAGAAUUAUGGAUGUAUUAUUGAAACAUAUACUAUAUGAAGCCUGCACUGUUCCAGCUCCCGCCGAUAUUCAAAAACAACAACAACAGCGUGAGUUUACAUUAAAACUUCUCAAACAACAUUCAAAGGAAACUAAAACCUACAUUAAAUUCACACUAGAAAAACAAAAAAUCGUUAAAAUUGGUCCCAUAUCUGGUGAUAAGCAUGAUAUCUUUAUGCCGCAAUUACAGUUACAAAAAUUCAUGUGGAAUCAACAAAGAGUACAAAUCAUAAUGAAUCUGAUACAAAAUUUUUAUCAUAUUUUGGAACUGUUAAAAAAAGAAAAUGAUGAAAUUAAUCCAUUAGAACUUAAACUUUUAUGUAAAGGUUGGGCGCAAACUUAUCUGAAUUUAUUCGGAAAAGACCAAGUAAGAUGGUUUUUCGCUAAUAUAAUAA